GCAAGACUGGAUGGUAGUCUUUUGUCGUUUGGCUUUUUGUCUGAUAAUUUUUUUUGUUAAGUAGCAUUGUGUAGGCAAGUUUUUUAUCGAAUAGUUUUAGAACAAAAUGAUUUUGGAAAAUCAAUUUGUGGUACAGAAGGUAAUGAUCCUACCGGUAGUCCCUCAUGGUUUCGGUAUUUCAUGUUUUCAUCAGAUUCUGUUAUCUUUAUCAUAUCUUAAUACUACAAAAUUUAUCAGAAUUAAGACUUAAGGAAAAUAGAAUUAUUUAAUUUUAAAAAUUAAUUAAGAUGUUUUAACACGAAUAUUUUUGUAGGAAUAUUAAAUAAACUAUAUUUUGAAAAUAAAUAUGACUUCGAGAAAUUUAUUUACAUCGUUUUAUCGAUUUAAAAAUGGCUAUAAACAUAAAUGUAAAAGCUUAAAUAACAUCACUUUUUAUAGUUUUUCCAGCCAGUCACAUGAUCGAGAAAUAACUAAGGAAUUGAGUAAUAAGUUUUUUGCUGAACCAGUACAAAAUUUAUUAUUUAAACUUACUCAUGUUGACGUACAAAAAGCAUUUAGAAAGCGUUUUACUGGACAAAAUCCUGACACUCCAAUUUAUAAAUUUAUGACCACUGCAGAAAUUGAAAAAAUGCAAGCUGAAGUUAAUAUAAAAGCUAAAGAAAAAGUUCAGAUGCCACCAAUAGUACCAUUACGUACUGAUUUGGGACAAGUAUUGGAAAUCAACAAAGAUAUUAUUGGUUUUGACAGUGCCAAAUUCGUAUUUACAGAUAUUACUUUUGGCAUAUCUGAUAAAAGACGAAUAGUUGUAGUACGAGAACCUGAUGGAACAUUGAGAAAAGCUAAUGAGAAUGAACGCCAUGCUGUUAAUCAAAUAUAUUUCCCUCAAUCAGGAAGAGAAUUAAAGCAUCCUGUAAUGUUUGAUGAUAACAAUUUGAAGCCUCUUCUUGAAAAUGGUGAUUAUGAAUUCAUAUUGGAUCGUGCAUGUUGUCAAUUUGAGCCUGAUGAUAAAAAUUACCAUCGUGUUGUAUUCAGUACUUAUAAACAUGUUGAUGAAUCUAAAAAUUACCAUAUUUUGCAGUCCACCAGACAUUUAGGUCCAUUAUUAUUUUAUUUGGCUUUUAAUAAAAAACCAGACAACUUUUUAUUGUAUUGUUUACAGACUGAAAGGUUUGAUGAUGUUAUAUUGUUCAUUCAACUAUAUACAAAAAUUAAUCAAGGUCUGGAAAUUGAAUUGGACGAUUCAAAAGAUCAGUUUAAAUUAAUAGAGGAUUUCAUAAGUACUGAAUGUAUUGAUAAAGUAAAUCUGGAAGAAGCAUUAAAAAGUUAUACUACAAGGAAUAGUGAAACACUAUCUAAACAAAACUAAACAUUAGAUAUAAUAUCCAAUACUUUAUGAAAAAUAAAUGUAUUAUUAUUGAUAGAAAUAUUUUCCACAAAGAUAAUACUUGAUGGUACUGUAAUGUAUAUACAAUAAAUAAAUAUUAGUUUUCACAUUUUAAAAAAUAA